AUGAGUUCCGAGGACGAUGCCAUGAUGAACAUCUUCAAGAAGAUUGAGCGCGAGAAGGCCUUGAUCAACGCCGCCAAUGCUAUGCGACAGCAGACCAACAACGAUGAUGUCCGAUCACGCCUCGACAGCCAGAUGCGCGAGGGCCGCAGAAACCUGCAAUUCUUCGAGGAGAAGCUGCGGGACCUCCAAGUACGCCGCCUAGGACACGGCGUCGACAACAUGAGUCUCAGCUCGGGUUCUACGGCUGUCAACUCUGCCCGUCCCACGAGUUCCGAGCUAUCUCAGGGCGCGCCCGCUCCUCCGCCAAAGGAUGCAAGUGGUGGCUACGGCGCAGCUGAUCGUGGCUCGUACGGCUCAGUUGACUAUAGUGCUAUUGGUGCACAUGGUGAUCUGAUGCCUCCGCGACAUCCAUAUGCAGCCCCUGCCCCCGGCACGGGUAUACCACGACCAAGGCCAAACUUCACCAAGCUCGAUCUCAUCAAAUAUGAUACGCCUCAUCUCGGACCCCGGAUCCAGCUCAUGCUAGGGCAAAUUCAAUUCAAGCUAAACGUUGAAGAACAGUAUCUCAAGGGUAUUGAGAAGAUGGUGCAGCUCUAUAGCAUGGACGGUGACCGCAAAAGUAAAGCUGAUGCCGCUGCUAAGCGCAUCGAAAGCAAGCAGAAAAUCCAGCUCUUGAAGCAGGCACUCAAGAGAUACGAGGAACUUCACAUUGACGACAUUGAGUCGGCAGAUUCUCCUGAUGAUGAUAGUAUCAACAUGCCAAACUUACGGAAGCCACUCACUGGUCAGCUCAUGUUCCGUGUUACACAGGUCAAGGAUGUCGAUCAUGCUAGCAGCAGCCGGUUCAGCCGCGGUCCAGAGACGUUUGUGUCCGUAAAGGUGGAGGACAAUGUCGUGGCUCGGACAAAGGCUUCACGAAACGACAGAUGGGAGUUUGAAACCCACAAUAUCGAUGUCCGGGAAGCAAAUGAAAUAGAGCUCACUGUGUACGACAAGCCAGGCGAACACGCGCUACCCAUCGCUAUGCUCUGGAUACGGAUUUCCGAUAUUGUCGAGGAGUUGCGCCGCAAGAAGAUUGAAGCAGAGGUCAAUAGCUCUGGUUGGGUCUCUGCAGAUCGUGUGGGCAACGCUGGCGCAGCGCCUCCCCAGUUCCCUAUGGGCUCUCAAGGACCGCAGUUUAGCCCACCUCCUGGCUCUCCCGAACUGACGUCCUCGACCCCACAACAGCAGCAGCAGCAAUUCGGCCCCGGGGCUCUGCCGUCCGUUGGUAGCCAACCGAUUGACGCUUGGUUUACGCUGGAACCUACCGGGCAGAUACAUCUGCAGCUGGAUUUCAACAAGAUGAACAAGGACCGUCGGCCGGUUGACUUGGGUCUUGGCCGAAAGGGUGCCGUUCGUCAGCGAAAAGAGGAAGUUCACGAGAUGUAUGGUCACAAAUUUGUUCAGCAACAGUUCUACAACAUUAUGCGCUGUGCGCUAUGCGGCGAUUUCCUCAAGUACUCUGCUGGCAUGCAGUGCGAAGACUGCAAGUAUACUUGCCACACCAAGUGUUACUCCAGUGUAGUCACAAAAUGUAUCAGCAAAUCCAACGCCGAGACAGACCCAGACGAGGAAAAGAUCAACCACCGUAUCCCUCACAGAUUCCAGCCUUUCUCCAACUUUACAGCAAACUGGUGUUGUCACUGUGGCUCUGUACUGCCCGUAGGCAAGAAGAACUGCAGGAAAUGCUCAGAAUGUGGUGCUACGGCUCACGCGCAAUGCGUGCAUCUUGUGCCUGACUUUUGCGGCAUGAGUAUGGCAGUGGCUAAUCAGAUCCUCGAGGGCAUGCGUAAUCAAAAGCAACGUCAACAGAAGGGUACAUCCAUGAGCGACCGGACACUGCGUCAUGGCAAGACGACAUCAUCAGGCUCAGAUGGGCCAACUUCUCCAUACAGCCCUAGCAGUAUGCCUUCUUACCAGGGAAGUGUCGCGUCUCAGGAGGCACAAAACGCUGCCAAGGCCAUGUAUGCCAGUCAGACGUCUCCAACCAGACCAGCUCACCCUGAUCGUGCAUCAUCGCAAGCCUCAACUGCAGCUGCUGCUGCUGCGUCAGCGGCCAUGGGCGGCGCCAUGUCGCCCCAAAGUGGCCGGCAAGGAUCAAUGUCCGACUAUGGUAGCCAAGGUGGUUAUGGUGGCAUGGAUGCCCACGAUGACCCAUAUGCCUCCAACCAAGGAUAUGGCGCUCCCCAGCAGCCAAAAUACAAUCCUGCCGCCUACGCAAACGUCAACAGCUACCCUAACCAGCCUCAGGUGCAGCAACAGGCUCGACCGAUCCCUCAGCAACAGUCACCACCGCCUCAGCCGCAAGCGCAACCCUACCAGCCCAGUGCCGCUGUACCGAAACCCGCAGCUGAUCUAGCUGCCGCCAGAGCAGGGCAAGGAGCAGUAACUGGACCAGGAAAACCCCCACUGCCAUUGGCAACAGACCCAGGAACCGGCCAGCGGAUUGGCCUGGAUCACUUCAACUUCUUGGCAGUCCUUGGAAAGGGUAACUUUGGAAAGGUCAUGCUGGCUGAGACAAAGAAGUCGCGUAGACUGUAUGCCAUCAAGGUGUUGAAGAAGGAGUUCAUCAUUGAGAACGAUGAAGUCGAGUCCAUCAGGUCUGAGAAGAGGGUCUUCCUUGUCGCCAACCGAGAACGUCAUCCCUUCUUGACCAACUUGCACGCCUGCUUCCAAACCGAAACACGUGUUUACUUCGUCAUGGAGUACAUCAGUGGUGGUGACUUGAUGUUGCACAUUCAACGUGGCCAGUUCGGCACGAAGCGUGCCCAGUUCUAUGCUGCCGAAGUCUGUUUGGCACUCAAAUACUUCCACGAGAACGGUGUCAUCUACCGUGAUCUGAAGCUGGACAAUAUCCUCUUGACCCUUGAUGGGCACAUCAAGAUUGCAGAUUACGGUCUUUGCAAAGAGGACAUGUGGUUUGGCUCUACGACCAGCACCUUUUGUGGAACCCCCGAGUUCAUGGCCCCAGAGAUUCUGUUGGACAAGAAGUACGGACGAGCUGUUGACUGGUGGGCGUUUGGUGUGUUGAUAUACCAGAUGCUUCUCCAGCAAUCACCUUUCAGAGGUGAAGAUGAAGAUGAAAUCUACGAUGCCAUUCUUGCAGAUGAGCCAUUGUACCCGAUCCACAUGCCGAGGGAUUCCGUCUCCAUUCUCCAGAAACUACUAACGCGGGAGCCCGAUCAACGAUUGGGCAGUGGCCCAACUGAUGCUCAGGAGGUCAUGAGUCAGCCAUUCUUCCGCAACAUUGUGUGGGAUGAUAUUUACCACAAGCGUGUUGCGCCGCCAUUCCUGCCGCAAAUCAAGAACGCGACGGAUACGAGUAACUUUGAUUCAGAGUUUACCAGUGUCACCCCCGUUCUUACUCCUGUGCAGUCUGUGCUGUCGCAAGCGAUGCAAGAGGAAUUUCGUGGAUUCUCCUAUACUGCCGACUUUGAGUAG